AUCCAGUCUGGUAACAGGUUUUUCCAGAAGAAAUAGAAGGGGAGGAGUCUGAAAGUACAAAAGAUUUUUAAAAAUUUCGUUUUUGAUUUGGUGGUGAUGCUGUGAGGAGCUCAGCUGAGACUCGGUUUUUCCAGGUAAAGGUGGAGCCUGACAAUAUUCCGGGUGCAGGAGGAAGCAAAGCUGAGCGCAGGUGGAUGUUUUAGAGAAAACGAAGUCAGAAACACGAACACAGUAUGGCAUCUGGAUCUUCUAACGGAGUCCUGCGACCCCUUCUCCUCGGUAUACUUGUACUGGGAGUCUUCGUGACUGUGUUUCUGAUGUAUUUUAAACCUUAUGAAGGCUGGUUAUCAGGUCCUGUAGAGUCAGUGUCAGAACAUGUGAAGAACCUCAUCUCCACCAAGAGUGAUAAGAAUGCCACCAUUGUGCUGAUCUGGCUCUGGCCCUUUGGCAGUAAGUUUGACCUGAGCGUCUGCAGCUCUCUCUUUGAAAUUGAUAACUGCUUCCUCACAGCAGACAGGAACUUCUACAAUAAGUCACAUGGAGUCAUCAUCCAUCACCGAGACAUCAGUGGUGACCUGUCCAAUCUGCCGCAGUUGCAGCGACCAUUGUUCCAGAAGUGGAUAUGGUUUAACCUUGAGUCGCCAACACAUUCAUCCAAGCUGUCUGGGAUAGAGAAGCUGUUCAAUCUGACUCUCAGCUAUCACCUGGAUUCAAGCAUCGGAGCGCCUUAUGGGUCCAUCGUACCAGCAGAGGGCGAGGAGAAUUUUGUACCACCCAGUAAAAACAAGCUGGUCUGCUGGAUAGUGAGCCACUGGAACCCACAGCAUGUGCGGGUGAAAUAUUUCAAUGAGCUGCAGAAACAUGUUAAGGUCCAUGCAUAUGGACGAGCAUUUGGAAAGCACAUUUCUGACAAUGACUUCAUGCCAACCAUCACCAGCUGCAAGUUCUAUCUGUCCUUUGAGAACUCCGUCCACAAGGAUUACAUUACUGAGAAACUAUUCAACCCACUCUCAGUAGGAACAGUGCCAGUGGUUCUGGGCCCGACCAGGCAGAACUAUGAGAAGAUUGUCCAGAGUGACGCCUUCAUUCAUGUCGAUGACUUCAGCUCACCCAAGGACCUGGCUGAUUACCUGCUGCUUCUGGACAAGAAUGAGGAAAUGUACCUCAGGUACUUUGAGUGGAAGCAACAUUUUAAAGUAAAGAAGUUCCACUUUCCAGCAGAAUAUGCAUGCCUGACUUGUGAUUAUUUACGUAGGCACAAAGAAUACAAGGAAUUCAAUGACCUUGAUACGUGGUAUUGGGGCAGCUAGAGAUUUGAAGGGCUGUACGGGUCUUGUUACUUUGUUGAAGCGAGUGCUUUAAAGGUUUUGUCCUUGGGUUAACACGAAGGGUAUUUUCUGUUCUGUCCUGAGCAGCUGAAUGGUGUUUUUCUAUUGCUUUAGAUGCCCAAUAAGAGAUAUAGCUUGUUCUUUUUGUUUAUUUUAAUUCUAGUUGCUGUCAAAUUGUGCCAAUCCUUUUUUGCCUUUUGAAUGAACAUGACCCCAUUCACAACACAAGCUUUUGUUUUAAUAUCAGCUAUUCAUGAAGUAGCACACAGGAGACCUUGGAAAAGUGUUGGGUGGAGGUGGGCGACAUAAAUGUGAAAGUGAUGAAGUCACCCGUGCAGUGUUUACUGAAAUCCAAUGUGAAAUAGUUCAUUAGGAUAAUGUACAUAUUGUGUGUGUGUGUGUGUGUUUUAAUUACACAGCUUUUCCUA